AUGCACGCGUAUUUGUGUAUUUCUGCACCCUCAGGUGCACCAGGAUCCGCUGGUGGGGCCCCUGAGCCCCCCUCCGCCCCGGCCGCGGGUCGGUCGGGGGCCGUGUGGGCUGACCCCGACGACGAGACUGUGCGUGUGGACGUGGCGGCGCGCAACCGCCUGCGGAAGCUGCGGACGAGUGAGAAGCAGACCGUUAUGGAAGGCGCGGAGUACGAAGCGGCGCUCCGAAAACAGCACCAGGCUCUGAAUCCGCGGACCAGCUGGGCAAAAAAGCGCAGCGCCGCCUCCGUAGGCGGCAGUGCCGAGGUCGGAGACGAGGACGAAGCCGAGGUGGCUGCGCUGUUGGCAAGCGCGGGUGGGCUGGUGGACCGACCCAUGGGUCGGCGGCUGCCGCCGGGGCAAAUCGAGACGACUCGGCUCAAGGACGCCAACCAGCACCAGCCCAGCGAAGCUGUCGUACAGUCCGUACGGUUCCACCCUAAUGGACAGUUGCUGCUCACAGCGGGUCUCGACAAGAAGCUCCACUUAUUCCAGGUGGACGGCCUCCGAAACCCGCUCGUCCAAUCCUUACACCUAGACGACAUGCCCAUCACGCAAGCCGAGUUUGCCGCCGGCUCCAGCUCAGAUAGCAGCGGCGGCCCAGACCGGGUGGUGAUGUCGGGGCGGCGGCCGCACUUUUAUGUGUACGACAUGGGUGCAGCGCGAGUGGAGCGUGUGCUGGGUCCCGCCGGCUGCCCGCUCAAGUCCUUGGAGCGGUUCGCUGGGCCGUCCUCGGAGCCGUUGGUGGCCUUCACAGGGGACGGCGGCUUCAUACCCCUGGUGUCCCUUCGCAGCCGCCAGUGGGUGGCGAACCUCAAAAUGAGCGGCAAUGUGAGGGCGCUGGCUUUUACACACGACGGAACGGAGCUGCUGUCAACAGGUGAUGACGGUGUGGUUCACUUGUGGGACCUGCGUACCCGGCGCUGCCGCCUUGCCUUCACAGACCUGGGCAACAUCGGGGACGCGUCAAGUCUGGCACUGUCGCCGGACGGCAGCUACAUUGCCACAGGCGCCAAGUCGGGGGUCGUGAACGUGUACCGUCGUGCGGAAGUGGAGGCGGCGGCGGCAGCACGGACGGCGGGUGCUGGUGGCGGCAGUGGUGGUUUGGUUUCGGGGCGUGUGUCGGUGGCGCCUGCACGGGAGCUGCUCAACCUGACGACGGAUGUGGAUAUGCUGGUGUUCAGCCCCGACUCGCAGAUGCUUGCCAUGUCGUCACGCAUGAAGCGGGACUCGCUGCGGCUGGUGCACCUGCCGUCCCUCACCGUCUUCGCCAACUGGCCCACGGGCCGCACCCCGCUACACUACGUCCACUGCGCCGACUUCAGCCCGCACUGUGGCUUACUGGCAAUCGGUAAUGCCAAGGGGCGCGCGCUGCUGUACCGCCUGCACCAUUACCAGCAGGUCUGAAGAGCGGAAAGGGCGUGUAGGUAGAGGUCCCUUGCGUGCUUGUUGGAUAGUGCUGGAGGAGGGGCAUGCUGUGCCUGAUGCGCGCGGUGUCGGUGAUGAAUGGUUUGAAGGUGUCGGUGAUGAAAGGUUUGAAGUAGUGGCUGGUAGGAGGGGGGCCCCUGAUAUAUGGGGUAUUGGGAAACACGGCGACCCCGGAAACCAGUCGUGGCGCUCGGGAAGAAGCGGGUUGAAAGGUUUCGUGUGCCUUACUACGCUUUCGUGCGCCUUAGUACGCCCUGGAAGGUGGAAUUACAACCUAGGAAGGCGGCUUUUGGAUAGUGAAUGGCAACAGAAGCGAGAUGGGACGAGGUGGAGUGGUUUCGUGUUCUUUGCUGGUCGGUGGGGAGGAAGGGCACCGGGGCGGGACAGGAUGGCCGGUACUCUCGUGCAGUUUGGCCACAAUACAGCUGUUGGGGGCGCUGUGGGCUUACGAGGAGUGUGCUGUUUGUCGGCAUGUUGGUGCCUGUGUAAACUAUAUUAGACAGUCCUGGCGUUGGUGGUAUGGUCGGCCUGUAAAGCAGGGUUCGACG